AAGCCGACCAAGCUCGGUGGUCCUCGUAUAGGGGUCAAUGCAAUUUUUACAUCAUGCCCAAAAAAGCCAACUUGCAUUUCUUACCCCUUUGAUUUUAAUUCCAACUCUCUCUCUUUCUCUUUUUUAAAAAAAAUACUUGCAUUGCACAUCAUUUACCUUCACUUCCUCUCGAACCCUCAAGUGCAACCAUAGACAGUACUUUCAACCUACUGCCUCAUCUACAAAGUAUCAACAGUAGCACAGAUCAAGGUCCCCAGCAAAUCUGAGUGAGCUUUAUAUAAGCAAUAGCUGGCAUUAUCUACCACCUGAAGAUCUGGCUCAUAAGACCAAAUAGCUAUCAAGACUAUCAUGCCUCCAAAGGGACGAAAACGUACUGGCCCCUCCGCCUCCCCCACCGCUGCCGCCACGCCACCUCCUACAUCUCCCUCCUCAGGAACGAAAAAAGAAGACUCUACAAAGCAUGGCGAGGGCGAGCACAUCGAAAGUGCAACAAAGAAGCAAGACUCUAAAUUAACCAAUUACAAGUUUGAAUGGAAGCAUGGUGGUGAUGUUGUCAAAGUCACUGGCACCUUCGACAACUGGAAAGGAUCAAUUGUAAUGGAUAGAUCCAAGGACAACCCAGACCAUUUUGAAAAAAAUGUUGAUAUCGAUCGCUCACAGAAAGUGUUUUUCAAGUUCAUUGUCGAUGGUAAAUGGGUGUGCGCAGACGAGUUUAUAACCGAGUAUGACAAUGUCAAUAAUAUGAACAACGUACUUCCCCCAGUCAACCAAAAAUAAGAGAAAGAAGAAAAAAAAAAACAGUUUUUCAUAUUUUCUUUUUGGCACCCUUUAAGAGGGGUGUUUCUUCUUUUCUGAAUAAUAAAAACUUUAUUGUAUCGAGAGAGUGAGG